AUGUGCAACAACAACACUUUCAAUUUUCUCCUAUUGAUUAUUGUCGUUAUUGGUUUCUCGUCUUGUGUUUCCUUUGCCAAUGGUUUGAAUAUUCGUACAACACCAUUAUCAUCAGCAUCAUCAAAAUUGAAAGAUGUUGCUCCGAUAAUAGUGAAUAAUAAUUCAACAACAGACCUUUUCUAUCAGGAUUAUUACUUCCAAGGAGGAGAAUGUAAAAUGGCAUCAUUAAUCAAGCUGGAAUUGCAACCACUCUACAAGGCAUCAGAAUCAUGUAUCAAAGUUGGACCAGACAAUUACCAAAAGGCCUAUUGCAAUGAAAGAGAAUUCGUGGUUGAUCGUGAUUGUGAUGAAACAUGUAAAUAUUGUUCUGGAAAAUCUUCUUCCAAUAUCUUUUCCUGUGCUAAAAUAGGAAUUGGUAUGAUGCAUCGAGUAUGUGGAAAGUUGCCAUUAGAAACCAUUCCAAAAAUGUUGUGGCAAGUUCAACAUGAAGAUUCCACUGAUAAUGAAAAUUGCAGCAAGAACAAAAUAGUUAAGGCAAUUGGAGAAGUUGUUGAACUUUGUGAAUGGAAUUUAUAUGGACCAAGAUAUAGAUCAUGUAAUUCAACAGAUUAUUCUGUUGAAACAUUUACUGGAAGUAUUGAUAAGUGUGAAACUAGAAUUAAAGUCAGUCAUGGUAAGGUUGGUGUUUGUAAUGGAAAUGAAGAAUAUCAAUGCAAAUAA